UGAGAGCAAUUUGUUUAUUUUAGGAUUGGAGAGGUGAUUGAUGAAGAUGUACUUCAUGCAAGAGUUCCAUUUGUUGCACGAACACAACAGUGUUUUGCUGUCAAGGCAGGAAUGGAUGGACUUCUAGAUAUUGCGAGGAGAUCUUUCUGCGACACUAGUGAAGCAAUAUACAACCUGGCAAAUAAGUAUCGUGAGGAUUUUAAUCUGCCAAAUUUGAAAAUUCCAUUCAACAAUAGGCAAGGCUUUUACUUUAGUAUUCCACAGAAGGACAUAAAGGGAAAACUUCCUAGCAAGUUCAUCCAGGUCAUAAAACAGGGAAACAACAUACACUGCUCUUCACUUGAACUUGCUUCUGUGAGUAUCAUGAAAACAUUUUG